AUGUUGUAUAGAGUAAAUGCAAUGCGUGGCCGUGUCCCUGCGCCCUUUGCCGUCUUUAGCAGAUCAUUCAUAUCGCAGUCCACUAAGAGGGCGCUGGAGCUGGUGGAGGCGAAGGAGAGGGCAGAGGGGCGGGUUGUGGAGUUAGCAGCUGCUAACAGGAGAAGUGCAGUCUUGAGGCGUAAAGCUGCAGUGCAAGAAAGGCAGUUGAGAGCAAUUUUGGAAGAGGCACAAAAGCAGAUAAAGGUUCUUGUGGGGGAGAAAGAGAGGGCAGUGGGGCAGGCAGCAGUGAAGCUGGCAGCUGCUAACGAGAGAUGUGCAGCUGCAAGAGAGACAGCUGGAUUGCAAGAAAGGCAGUCGAGAGCAGACCUGGAAGAGGCACAAAAGCAGAUGGAGGAAAAGGAGAGGGCAGUGGGGCAGGCUGCAGUGGAGCUGGCAGCUGCUAACGAGAGAAAUGCAGCUAUGAGGGAGAGUGCUGCAGUGCAGGAAAGCCAGCUGAGAGGAGCUAUGGAAGAGGCACAAAAGCAGAUGGAGGCUUUGGUGGGGGAGAAGGAGAGGGCAAUUGGGCAGGCAGCAGUGGAGCUCGCAUUUGCAGUGGAGAGAUGUGAAGCUUUUAGGGAGAGUGCUGCAGCGCAGGAAAGGCGGCUGAGGGCAGACCUGGAAGAGGCACAAAAGCAGAUGGGGGCUUUGGAGGAGGAAAAGGAGAGGGCAGUGGGGCAGGCAGCAGUUGAGCUGGCAGCUGCUAAUGAGAGAUGUGCAGCUGCAAGGAAGAGUGCUGCAGCGCAGGAAAGGCAACUGAGGACAGACCUGGAAGAGGCUCAAAAUCAGAUGGAGGUUCUAGUGGGGGAGAAGGAAAGGGGAGAAAAGCAGGUCGAUGAUCUAGUGGGGGAGAUGGAGAGAUCUCAGGAGCAUUUUUUAGAGAUCAGAGCUGCUGAGAGGGAGGAGAAAAGGGCGCUGGAGGAGAGGAUUCGUGCUUUAGAAGAUGCCGGUGAGGGGGCAAGGAGAAAUCUCGUGGAAAUAGAAAAUGUUUUAAGAGAGAAGGUGAGAAAGUUGGAGGAGGAGAAGAGGAGCUUGCAGGAGGAGGUUGAGGGCGUGAGGAGAAAACUGAUGGAGACAGAAGAUGCAGGGAGAGAACAAGUGGGGUUGUUAGAAGGGCAGAAGAGGAGCUUGCAGGAGGAGGUUGAGGGAGUGAGGAGAAAACUGAUGGAGACAGAAGAUGCAGGGAGAGAACAAGUGGGGUUGUUAGAAGGGCAGAAGAGGAGCUUGCAGGAGGAGGUUGAGGGAGUGAGGAGAAAACUGAUGGAGACAGAAGAUGCAGGGAGAGAACAAGUGGGGUUGUUAGAAGGGCAGAAGAGGAGCUUGCAGGAGGAGGUUGAGGGAGUGAGGAGAAAACUGAUGGGGACAGAAGUUGCAGGGAGAGAACAAGUGGGGUUGUUAGAAGGGGAGAAGAGGAGCUUGCAGGAGGAGGUUGAAGGAGUGAGGAGAAAAAUGAUGGAGACAGAAGAUGCAGGGAGAGAACAAGUGGGGUUGUUAGAAGGACAGAAGAGGAGCUUGCAGGAGGAGGUUGAGGGAGUGAGGAGAAAACUGAUGGAGACAGAAGAUGCAGGGAGAGAACAAGUGGGGUUGUUAGAAGGGCAGAAGAGGAGCUUGCAGGAGGAGGUUGAGGGAGUGAGGAGAAAACUGAUGGAGACAGAAGAUGCAGGGAGAGAACAAGUGGGGUUGUUAGAAGGGCAGAAGAGGAGCUUGCAGGAGGUUGAGGGAGUGAGGAGAAAACUGAUGGGGACAGAAGUUGCAGGGAGAGAACAAGUGGGGUUGUUAGAAGGGGAGAAGAGGAGCUUGCAGGAGGAGGUUGAAGGAGUGAGGAGAAAACUGAUGGAGACAGAAGAUGCAGGGAGAGAACAAGUGGGUUUGUUAGAAGGGCAGAAGAGGAGCUUGCAGGAGGAGGUUGAGGGAGUGAGGAGAAAACUGAUGGGGACAGAAGUUGCAGGGAGAGAACAAGUGGGGUUGUUAGAAGGGGAGAAGAGGAGCUUGCAGGAGGAGGUUGAGGGGAUGAAGAGAAAGAUGGAAGAUUUAGAGAUUGAGAUUGUGAGGGCGCUGGCAGGGAAGAAGGAAGAGCUCAGGUUGGAGAGAGAGCGGGCGAGUCUUGUUGCGGGACAACUGGCAGGAAACAUGUUGGUAUCAGUAGGCGAGUCGGCAGUUGAGAAGCGGGAUGACUUCUCAGACGUCUCAAAAUGA